AACACGAGUGAGCGCCAGACUGCGGUCGAAGAUGCGUCGCCCGUUUCUUUCAUCUCACUCGGGCGGAGUUCUGUCUCUAGGGCAACUACGCGGCGAGCGGCACCGGCGCCCACUUGGGCUCGUGAUGAUGGGUUGCUGCUGCGACUACGCUACGCUCCACUGGUUACAUCUCUGACUUGCCUCCGACACGAAACAGUUCGAUACCUGGGUGAUACGGAAUACGUCGGGCAGGAGUGUGAAGUCACUUCCAGCUCACCGGAUGAGAUACAAAGCAUGCGCUGUCCCGUUCCGGACACGGAAGUGGCAAUGACCCUUCUUCUCGAGUGCUUGGAGGAAUAGUCACGCCCCCCUGGAAACAUAGCCGGGCAAUGAAGUGCCAGCUGAUUUUGGUGUUCCCGUUCGUCGUGCUCCUCUUGGCAGGCUUUUGCCGAGCUGUGACCAUCCGACGCCUAAUCGUGCCACGCUGGGUGCGCAAUGGGUCCGAGACGCCCGCUGUUCUCGACUGCGAGUACGUGUACAACGAGAACGACCUCAAGCUGGUGGUCAAGUGGUUCUUCAACGACGGCGCGGAGCCCGUGUACCAGUGGAUACCAGAGAUGGGGGUCCGCGAGGCGUUCGGAGUGCUGCGACAACGCCUGGACGACACGUUCUCCGUAAACUCUCGCGACGCGUAUUCGCAGUACCGAGCCAUCCGCAUUCUGAGGCCUACCUGGGAGCUCAGCGGCAAAUACACCUGCGUUGUGACCUCGCUCGCUGGCCAGGACGCAAGGCACCAGCACAUGACCAUAUUCGUGCCGGCGAAGUCAUUCUCGUUCAACUACAGCGACUCACGGCCGCCGCUAGAGCGACUGCCCCGACCCCAAUCUCCGGAGCUCCCUUUGAGCCUCCUGUGCGUGGCACGGGGCACGUUCCCAAAGCCGGUGCUGACGCUGUUCCUACUCAAGGGAGGCAGGAGGAGGCCUGCGACCGAGGCCGGCCUUCGAACAUUCACAACGGCGACCGUCGAAGACGGGCUCUUCGACGUCGCACUGCACGCCGACGCAUUCGAGAAUCAUCUGUCCUCGCUGGCCGAUCUCUUCGAGUGCGUGCUGGAGAUCCCGUACAGCAACUACGCGCUGACGCGAAGGAUGAGCCUCGCUCACGAGCUUACCUGGGGAGCUUACGGUGCAUCUAAAGCAUCACGCCUGCCCAUCCUGUCACUUUUUUACAUCGCCUUGAGCAUAAGCAUCUAUAUCGCUUCUGGGCCGCAUAAAAGAGGUGGAGCAGAUAGGGUGCACCAGAACACACGGGACUUUGGCGAGGACCAGGGUGACACGUAGCGAAAGCUUGGACUGUUGGUGAUUGUUACGUUGACUGUUGCCAUUUAAUGUUGUUUAGCGGCCUUCGUAAAUGAUGGGCCUUCUGCCGAGGGACUCCAUCGUCACUCCGAUGGUGCCGAAAGUGGACGGGUCGGAAGGAACAUCAUAAAUAGAAUGACUGCAACCACAAGGACUCCAUUCGGGCAAGUUUUGCGUUCACAAAGUGUCACCGCAGGAAGUGGCUUGCCGCUGAGGCGCUCAUCAAUCUUCGUCGUUCUGGAAGCGACGCUGUCGAGGUGUGUUUCGGACUCGCCCCAAACUGAUGAGUGCAAGUGUUACGACAUGCGUUAUCGUGUUGAGACUCGCCGACUAAGUCCCAUACUGAGCACUCUACGUGCGUGUAAACUGUAGUUUGUUUACUUGGAACGUGGUUUUGUAAAAAGCGUCCGAGCAAGACGAUAUCAAAGCAAGCUAGCGUAUUAUGUAAAUUGUUGAAGUAGCAUAUUACUUUUUCCCUACAAAAAAAUUUAAAAAACUAAUUCAACUAUUUACGAAAUGGGUGAAAGCGCAAAAGUUCAGCGAUUACAUCCUAUU